AUGGGCGGUAAAGACGCUAACGAUCAAAAAGUUCGAGCAACUCAAGAUCAAUUAAGGCUAGCACGAAUCACACAAGAGGUUAAUCCUUCUGAUGAUGAUCGUGUGAUGGUACAGAAGCUCAUAAAAAAGGUUGUCGAAACGACACAUUGUACAGAGAAUGAUGCGGAAAUAGCACUUUUCGAUACAGAUAAUAACGUUGAAGCAGCAGUAAAUGCUAUUUUAGAAAACGUUUAUUCGGGAAAGAAUGUAUGGAUGGAACAAAAAAGUCGGAAAGCAAAACGCGCGGAGGCGGAAGAACGAACAGACGAUUUUCAAUCGUCCAACCGUCCUAAAUUGUUUAAUAGCCCACGUGGAGCCGGGCGAGGAAAGGGUUCAGAACGAGGACGUGGUGGUUACAGAGGUGGGCGUGGAGGCGGAAGAGGAAAUUUUACUCGUGAGGGAUAUAAUUCUCAAGUAGCAAAUAUAACAAAUAACAAUGUGUGGGAUAAUUCUAUGGCAUUAAAAGUUGAAAACAAAAAAUGGUCGAGUGAUGCAGUGAGUAUUGAUGACAUUCCAGAAGAUACAGAUUGGAAAUCGGCUGGAACGUUGAUCUUUUCUCGAAGGGAUGAAGUUUUAACACCACCAGAAUCGGUGUCGACACCGUCUUUAAUUACUGGUUCCGUUACUACUUCUGACGCGCCUAUGGUUUCUUUUGCUACAGUUGCUGCGACCGGUUUAUGUUGUACGAAUAAUCAAAAAGAAAAGCUUGCAACAGGACGAUAUAUUUCGUCGAAUAAUGCUAUCCCCCAGCAACAAUCCAUUGGAAAUUCAGUCAAUCAAACAGGGGAGAAUGGUCCUAUAUAUCAUAGGCUAGCUUUUAUUUCUACAAUGGUUUCUUCAAGCAGUCAGUUGGCCGUUUCGUCAGAAGCUAUUAAUGAACAUGAUCGAGGAGCCCGUUCCCCGUCCAGUUCUAUUUGUCGCGGACAUAAUCUUCCAACCGCAUCGCCAGCAGUUAUUACCUCGGCAUCUCAAGUUUCUCGUAUCGAUAAUGUUUCAACAAAUAACUCUUCGACAGAUUGGACAACACAAUUAAAAAAUGAUCUCGGUAUUGGCACGAAAACAGCACAAAGUUCCCAGUCUGUUCGAAAAGCGAGUGAUGCAAAACCCUCAGUCCAAGGACGAAUCGGGUCACGAAGCGUAAACACGGUUGAAUUUGUAUCUGGUGAUAUAAAUGGUUCAUCAGCGUUACCUGAAUAUCAAUUUGGAUUCAAUGUUGAUGCGACGGCAGGUGGAGAUGAAGUUAGUGGCGAUGUUUUUUCGACAAAAAUUAAAGAUCGACAAUCCAAUAACCCAUCUACCAAAAUAGAGAGCGAGGCGAAUAACGGAUCAGCUUCAUUAUUAAUGAAUGGCACCGGUGCUGCACCAAGUUCUGGGGGUAGCGGUGGUAUUGCAUCAGUAUCAAGCCAAAUACAUCCAUCCACUGGUGUCCAGCGACAGCCUCCUUCCGGUCUUUCUUAUGCUGAUACAUCAAUAAUGUCGUAUUAUCCACCAUCUGACAAUCGUUCUAAUGCUGCUUUAACAAAUAAGCCGUCGCAAACUUUGCAUCAUCAACAGCAGUUGGGCAGUAUAUUUGUCGUUUUUCAGCAGCCUCACCAACCAUUAUACACUGCUGCUCAGAUUCCAUAUGGCAGCUAUCCAUAUUUGAAUAUGUAUAGUCCAGUUACGGGUGUUCGACAAGAUGAAACACAGUAUGCCGCUACUGCUCUUGUUCAGUAUCCAUUUGGUGUGGGUCAGAUUGAUAUGAGUUCUUUAUCGACGAUGCUACCGCCAGCGGCGAUAGCAUCACAGCAGCCUAAUCAGCCGCCUCCACCUAUGCAAGGACAGCAUCAGCAAAGGCCCGACCAACAUGGCAAUUUUGUUGAUUUAAAAGCGUAUGCAGCAGCUGCGAACAAUACAGCAGGUGGAGGUUCAGGUUCUGGAUUACUUGGUGCACAACAACAAAGGGAUUCUUCGGUCAAUAAUUCGGCUGUUGCGCCGCCACCAGGUUUUAGUGGGCCACCAUCAAAUCUUCCAGCAGCCUUUACUCUUUCCCAGCAUAAUCAUCUGUCUUCACUUUUUCAAAUGCAACCGACUUAUCAUCCAUCAUUAAGCCAAGUACCAUUUUCGUUUAUGCUUCCUAACGUUAGUGGUAAUGGUCAGCACAAAAUUGGGCAUCAGAUUUUUCCACAGCAAAACGUAGAUGAAACGAUGGUCGAUCAAAGACUCCCUGCACAACAGCAAAAGAAAUAUGGUAACACUGGUGGAACAUCUAAAGAUCGGUUAAAUAGUGGUGCUCAGGCAACACCACCACCUGGCAUUUAUCAGCAGCAAGGAUAUUUAGCACAACAAAUACCGCCGCAUUCUCAUAAUAAGAAAGCAUACGGCAACGGGCCACAACAUUGGGGUACAAACUAA